AAAAAUGACGCACGAAUCUGGAUAAGCUGCGGAGUUUAAGAUGAAACUCGCCCGGCUCUGGCUGCUUUCUGUUUUAUUUCUUCUUUUCUCAAGUGUUUGUUGCUUUAGUGAGUUGUCCUUCAUCACGGAACCAAGUGAUGUUACUGUUCUACCAAAGGCUCCUGCUGUGCUGGACUGUCAGGCUCACGGCCAGCCUCCAGUCACCAUCAGUUGGGUAAAGAAUGGCCUUCAGCUGGCAGAGAGCGAUCACGUCCAGUUUCUGCCUAACGGCUCCUUGUACAUACCAAAGAUCAAGCAUGACAAGGAGGAUUCAGAUGAAGGAUUCUACCAGUGCCUCUCCCAAAACAAAUAUGGAGCUAUCCUCAGCCAAAGAUCACGUCUGACUAUCGCAAAUAUCUCAGAGUUUGUGGUACAUCCUGUGCCUGUAGUGGUGACUGAGGGCUCAGUGGCACGAUUCUCAUGUGUGGUCACCUCCAACCCCCCAGCUACCAUCACCUGGGAGUUAAACCAAAGCACAUUACCACUUAAGGCGGACAGAAUUACAGUUUUGCCCAAUGGAGUUCUUCAGAUCCACAGUGUACAACUGGAAGAUGCUGGACAGUACAGAUGUGUUGCAACCAACAUCGGCAGCUGUUUGAAAAGUAAAGAGGCCAUGCUGACAGUCAACCAAGUUGCAGGCGCUAAACCCAAUCAGAGGCCUAGAAUCAUUGCUGGACCUCAGAACUUCACAGCUUCUCUGCAUCAGACAGUGGUUCUGGAGUGUAUGGCGACUGGUAACCCCUGGCCAAUCAUCUCCUGGAGUCGUGCUGACAGUAAACCCAUUGACGUGUACAAUGCCAGAGUGCUGGGCAAUGGGAACCUGGUUAUUACUGAUGUCAAAUCUCAGCACAGCGGGGUCUACCUCUGCAGGGCCACAACUCCAGGAACUCGCAACUACACGAUAGCUGCUGCUAACCUCACAGUUCUGGUGCCACCGACCAUUGUUGAGAGGCCGGAGAGCCAGACACGUCCAAGGGCAGGUACUGCCCGGUUUAUAUGCCAGGCAGAGGGAGUGCCCCCUCCUCGCAUCAGCUGGUUAAAGAAUGGCAAAGAGGUUCACUUAAAUGGCAGGAUUAAAAUGUACAACAGUAAAUUGGUCAUAACUCAGAUCAUCCCUGAAGAUGACGCCUUCUAUCAGUGCAUGGCAGAGAACGAACAGGGCUCUGUGCUGUCCUUGGCUCACCUUAUUGUUGUUAUGUCAGAGGACAGGCCCAGUGCACCACGAAAUGUCCAUGCUGAGACCAUCUCAAGCUCUGCCAUCCUACUGGCCUGGGAGAGACCACUGUACAAUGCUGACAAAGUCAUAGCAUACUCAAUCCAUUAUAUGAAGGCAGAAGGGCUAAAGAACGAGGAAUACCAGGUUGUUAUUGGAAACGACACCACCAGUUACAUUAUCGACGACCUUGAGCCAGCUCGAAACUUCAGCUUUUACAUUGUGGCUUAUAUGCCAAUGGGAGCCAGUCGUAUGUCAGACCAAGUCAGUCAACACACCCUGGAGGAUGUACCUCUACGGACUCCACAGCUAAGUCUGACCAGCCGUAGCUCAACGGACAUACAUGUGAGCUGGCAGCCACUUCCAGCCAAGCUGAGCCGCGGCCGCGUGUCUGCUUACCGGCUGUCUUAUCGUACCGCUGUGGAUGGCACUGUCACAUCUGUGGAGCUACCUCAGAACACCACUGACUACCUCUUACAGGACCUGCAGCCUGGCACCAUCUACCUACUCCGUAUGGCUGCAGCCACCCGAGUGGGCUGGUGUGAGCCUUCCGCGUGGACAUCCCACCGCACACCGAAAACCUCCCGCAGCAAAGUCCCUGCAGCCCCUGUUCUUCAACUGGAGCCUCUCAACUGCACCUCCAUUGUGGCACGCUGGCAAGUUUCAGCAGAAUCUGUGGUUGUCCAGGGCUACCGCCUGUGUUACCAUGAGGAAGGCCAACCAGAGCAGCCCAUCAUCCAGCUGCAGGCUCAAACUACAGCCUAUACGAUCGGUGGCCUCGACCCAAGGAGGAAGUAUCAUGUCAAGCUGGUGGCUUUCGGUCAAGCUGGAGAUGGCUAUCAGACAGACCAAACAGUCAGCACUCCUGGAUGUGUGUCCGCUAGAGAUCAGCUGGCAGCAGCCCCUCCACCUCCUGAUCAUGUGACCGUCUUAGCCAGCAAUUCAUCUGCAGUGUCCCUGCGUUGGAGUCGUCCUGCGUUUGCCUCAAUGAAGGCUGUUAGCUAUACAGUGCGCUGCACACCAGUCGGCACACAUAACGCAUCUGCCGUACGCUACCUCCAAACCACCAGACAGAGCAUAACCGUUCAGAAUUUGGACCCAAACACUCGUUACGAGUUUGUGGUGCGCCUCCAUGUGGACCAGAUGUCAAGUCAAUGGAGUUCUGUUCUGCACCAUCAGACUCUACCAGCAGCACCAGGCCAGCCCCCUGCAGGGGUGCGGGUAACUUUGAUAGAAGACGACACUGCACUGGUGUCCUGGAGGGAACCCACAGAGCCAAAUGCCGUAGUUACCCACUAUACCAUCCUGUACGCCUCUCAGAAAGCCUGGACUGCUGGACGAUGGCAAACAAUACAGAGGGAGGGAAGUCACACAAUGGCACUGCUGGAGAAGUUGGAGUCUGGGAGCGUCUACCUGGUGAAGAUCUGUGCCUCCAACCAGGUCGGCGAUGGGCCUUUUUCUGACAUCAUAGAACUGCCACCAAGACGGAGAAGCUCCCACCGUAGCAAGAAUCCCAGACACUCCGACAGCUUCCCAGACAUACCAGUGCCCUCUGAUGGUCUGUACCACAUAGACAAGUCAUCUAUGACAGGGAUCAUUGUUGGUGUGAGCAUCGCCUUGGCCUGUAUUGUCAUGUGUGCAUUGAUCCUCAUCAAUAAGGGCAAACCCAGGAAAUCAUCCAGUCAUAAAGUCAUUACUGUGGGAACUGGUGAAGGUUUGCAUUCUGGAUUCCCCUUGUCCAGUGAAUGUAAUGCAGAGAAUGUGGAGGCCCUGAUGCCCAUGAUAAACGGGCACUUUAUAGAUGCCAAGGGUGGAACUAAUAUCGUCGUAAAUAGUGCUGGACCAGUUAAAUGCAAGAAUGAUGGCAAGAAGUGGCUGCUGUUCAAGAAGGAGUUAACAAAUCCAACUGAAAGUGAUGGUGAGAGGAGAACUAUAUUAUACAAGGCUGGGAGAACUGUUCUGAGGUUUGAAGAGCAUUUAGGCUCUGCACCCCCACCACCUGCAUCCUGUGACAUCAUUUAUGGACCGCUUCACUCUGAGAGCUCUCACACCAGUGAGGGCAGCCAAGAGACGGGAGACUCUGGACACUACUCUAAUGAGGAGAGCGGUGAAGAGAUGAACAGCCCUUCCACCGCCUGCCUCGCCCGACCUGAACCCUUUAUACUGAGCGAUGAUACUGCUGUUGCAGAGCAGAAACAGUCUUUUAAAGUGGAAAGCGAGCAGGCGCCGAGCCUGUUGGCUCCCAAUGUCUCCGUGCUCUGCUCUACGUCUCAUCUGGCCUAGCUGACAUCUCAAACCAUCGGUUCCUGACAUCACCCAGACCAGAUUUGCUUUCUGGCAGCCGAACCUACCCCACUUUUACCUCAUGAGCUUCCUGAGUCAGGUGCGCCUGUCAUUUCCUGAGGCGCAAAGGAUCAAGAAGCCAGCUGCUAUGAAAGAAGAAAUGGGCGUUUACUUCAGGGCUACCUCAGGAUUUUGUAUUAAUUCCAAGUCUUUUCCAGAUAUUCUACCUGAUUGUCUCAAACCAAAGCUCACCCAUGAUGAAUGUUUAAAAGAAUGUCAGAAAUGUACAGUGAUACAUUAUCAUUAUAUUUAAAUACUUUCCACUGGAAAAAGGGGCACAGCUGAGCCUUUUAUUUUUUUUAUUUUUUUUACUUUUUAUCUACCUCAAUGUUCUGUUUGUGUACGUAUACAGUACUACCUCGUUUUUACUACAUCCUAUUCUGCAGUAUUAUCUCACACUCAGGGGACAAGGAGAAAACGUUUCAUUGCUAUGACUCGCCUCUGUUGGUUAUUAUUUAGAAGUCUUUAAUUCAAAGGAAUGUUUGAGCUUUUAUUUUUAAUGGUUAAGAGAGCUUUUUAUCUCACAUUGUCUUUGAAUUAUGUGUGUCAUGAAGAGAACAAGUGCAUUAGGUAUUGUCAAACGUUUUUGCUUCUACCGUUGAGCUGGGCAUUUUUAGUGCACUAAAUUCAUAAAGCUUUAACAUGGCCUUAAUAUUGAAAGGGCUUUGCCUCCUAUGGAUGAGGAGGUCCAAAGACAUGGGAGAAAAAUACCCAGAGGAAGGUUUUUUUUAUGAUAAUGCAAAAGAUAUUUUACUGCAAAGAUAUAGAGGAUGUACAUUAAGAGUGCUUUUGCCAAAAUAUUGUUCUCACCUGUGAUGUAAAUUUCUCCUGGACUGGUGGUAUGAAUGCUUUUCUCAGUGUAAAUUUUCUUAUUAACGUGAAAGCUUUACCGCUAGUGUGCCUGGCUUGUGUUCCGUUUGCCUUCUAGACCAUUGCUAAAUGCAGCGGUGAUGCCGAUGCUGUUAUCCAAAGAGUUGUCUGCUUCCUCGGAUGGGUUUGGUUUUUUAUUUAGUCGAUCCUUGGCACACUGUGGUGGGAACUGACACAAGACCAAAGGUCUAGUGCACCCUGCUGCUGAUGGACACUUUGUUUCUGCAGAAAUUCGCCCAUCAUCAUUCCAGAAGUGAGAGUCAAGGAUUGGGACUAUCAAAAUGGAAACCCAGUGUGUGAAGAGCAACAUAAUCAAGUUUUAUAUCUUUGUAAUACAAAUAAUUCUAACAAAAGAAACUUGAAUCCUGUUUUGUAGUGAUUUUCUUUGGGUUUCAUUUUGAAAAACAAUUAUUUGCUUACAAAAUUUUUGCAAUGGUUUUAAUUGCUAGAAAGGCAUUUUUCACUGCAUUCACUUUUUUAUCACUUCAGAUGUCAAAAAUUCUAUUGCUUUUUUUUUUAAAUCACCUUGAGAUUUCACCUGAUUUAUUUGGGUUUCACUGGAAAUUGUAAUUUAGAUUGUGUUUUAGCAUAAUUUGUCGACCAAAAAAAGUGCCAAUGUUAAUGUGACAUAAGGCUGGCUCCAAAUUCAAAGUUUGUGUAUCACAGAUAAUUUUACUGACACAUUUUUAGGGCAUAAUGUAGAUUUUAGAGUCUAGAGUGAAAUAGUUUUGUUAUUUAAAUUAUAAUUAUCUGUUUUUUUUUUUGUUUUGUUUUUUUGUUUUCUGCUGUUGAAUACCAAAUACCUCCUUUACUUCCAAAGCAAACACCAAAACUAUUUUAAGCUUUAAAAUGUUGCAGCAGAUUUUUUUUAAUAUUCUCAAAAUUAUCUCCAAUACUAGAAAAUAAUAAAAUUCUUUUUGGAAAAA